UCAUAUGAAAAUCCAUUAAAUGGAAUCUAUCUACCCAUUUUUAUAAAGUGUGUUAUUACCGAAUAUACCCUUACCACAACCCAACCCAAGCUUUGCCUCCUCUGCCAUGGCCACUACUAGAGUCAAACACAUAAACCCUACACCUCCAACCUCCUUCCUUCCAUAUUUCAAGUGAUGAUGAUGAUGAUGAUGGGACUGGGACUGGGACUGUAGUCUGUUGACACACUGGCUCCUCCUUGUUUGACCAAUUGUAGGAGUAAGCUGAUGGGAAGAGUUGCAGAAGCAGCCAUGGCUACUACUGUUGUCUCAUCCAUCAACACCACACCUCUAAGACUAAGACACUCCUCUUCUUCUCUUUAUUUUUCUUCUCUAAUGGCUUCAUCCUCUGCUCGCUACUUCUGGGCUUCUUCCAACUCCUCCUUCCACCGGGGAAAGAUAUGCAAAAUCCAGAGUUGUUCUGGGACUUCUAUGUGUAGCAGCAGUGGUAGUAGUAGUAAUUCCCUUCAUAUUAGAAAGGAUACGUUGUUCACCAGUAGUUCAUUGAUUGAAAGAAAGCCUGGUAAUUUACAAUGGCAAGAACAAGCUGAAACAAUUAAGAGAGGUAGAGUGGGAGGCAGCCCUACCACAAACUGUACAGAUGGAAGAAGAACAAGUGCUAAAAAAGAAGACAAUCAACAACAUUUUUCAGUUUUUUCGUAUAGCAAUGAUUUUAACAAGGGAAAAAUUCAGAUGCACCUUGCCGCGGCGACAAAUGAGGUAGUCAUACAAAAUUCAAGAAACACUGUGAUGAUGCAGCCUAAUUUUACAGAAGAGGGUAGUAGAAGGUCUCUGCUUGAUAUUGAGAAUGGGGUUUCACAGCUGGAAGUGGUACAUAAACUCAAUCAGGAUAAGGCAUUUGCUCAAAGUGGAGGGAAUGCUGUUACUACCACUGAAGCUAUUCCUUCCCUUCUACUGGAGAAGAAGAAUGCUCACGAAACUGAUACUCCACGACGGUUGGAUUCGCCACUUACACAAAGCUCGCAGAAGGUGAAGCCAAAAAGGAUUUCAAAUCUUCAGGAAAACCUUACUAGCCUUUAUAGCAAAGUUUUUAUUGUGGAUAGUGUCCCUGUUGCCAAGAAAGUUGUUUGGAUGCUUACAACCUGGUAUAGGCAUCUUGUACAUGCUUGUGAUACAGAGGUAGCGAAUAUUGAUGUGAAGCAAGAAACACCAGUUGAUCAUGGAGAGAUUAUUUGUUUUAGUAUUUAUUGUGGACCGGAAGCAGAUUUUGGAAAUGGGAAGUCUUGUAUCUGGGUUGAUGUUCUUGAUGGUGGUGGCAAGGAAAUUCUAGCUGUGUUUGCCCCCUUUUUUGAAGAUCCCUCCAUUAAAAAGGUUUGGCACAAUUAUAGCUUUGACCACCAUAUUGUUGAGAACUAUGGGCUCAAGGUUGCGGGUUUUCAUGCUGAUACAAUGCACAUGGCUCGUCUUUGGGAUUCCUCAAGGCGUGCAAAAGGUGGUUAUUCUCUCGAGGCACUUACAAGUGACUCAAAGGUCAUGUCUGGGGCUCAGCUGUAUAACGAAAAAGAGUUGAUCGGUAAAGUAUCAAUGAAAACCAUAUUUGGCAAGAAAAAGUUAAAAAAAGACGGAUCUGAGGGCAAAAUAACUACCAUUGCACCUGUUGACGUGCUUCAAAGAGAAGAGCGGAUACCAUGGAUUUGUUAUUCUGCCUUAGAUGCAAUAACUACACUUAAGCUCUAUGAGAGUUUGAGAAAACAGCUAACAGACAAGGCUUGGGCAAUUGAUGGAAAACAAGAACGUGGAUCUAUGUUUGAUUUCUAUCAGAAGUACUGGAAACCAUUUGGUGAGCUUCUAGUCAAAAUGGAAACUGAGGGGAUGUUGGUUGAUCGUGCUUAUCUUGCUGAGGUGGAAAAGAUAGCGAAAAGAGAGCAAGAGGUUGCUGUUAACAGGUUUCGCAAGUGGGCUUCCAGGUACUGUCCAGAUGCUAAGUACAUGAAUGUUGGAAGUGAUACUCAGUUGCGCCAGCUCCUUUUCGGCGGAAUCCAGAAUAGCAAGGACCCCGAUGUCAGUCUUCCAGUGCAGAAGACUCUUAAAAUUCCAAAUAUCGAUAAAAUAAUUGAAGAAGGGAAAAAGGCUCCAACAAAAUUCCGUAAUAUUACACUAAAUAAAAUUGAUGCUGAUCUUCCGGCUGAGGUGUUCACAGCAAGUGGUUGGCCAUCAGUUAGUAUAAGUGCGUUGAAAAUUUUAGCUGGGAAGGUCUCUGCAGAAUUUGAUUUCAUGGAUUAUGCGGAACGCUCAUUAGCCGGUGAUGAUUCUGAAGACGAUGUUGAAGUCAUUACAGAUGGCGUUGCUGAAAAACAAGAGCAAGAAAAGCUAGAUGUGAACAAAUCUGCUUAUGGAACAGCAUUUGCCGCAUUUGAAGAUGAGGCAGAGGGGAAAGAAGCUUGCCAUGCCAUUGCUGCUCUCUGUGAAGUUUGUGCCAUUGAUUCACUGAUUUCAAACUUCAUCCUCCCUUUGCAGGGUAGUAACAUAUCAGGCAAGGAUAAGCGUAUUCAUUGUUCACUGAACAUCAACACAGAAACUGGACGUUUAUCUGCUAGACGGCCAAAUUUGCAGAAUCAACCUGCUCUGGAGAAAGAUCGAUAUAAGAUACGCCAGGCAUUUAUAGCUGCACCUGGAAAUUCCCUCAUUGUUGCUGAUUAUGGACAGUUGGAACUUAGGAUUUUGGCUCAUCUUGCCAACUGUGAAAGCAUGUUGGAUGCCUUCAAAGCUGGUGGAGAUUUUCAUUCAAGGACUGCCUUGAACAUGUACCCGCAUAUUCGUGAAGCCGUUGAAAAUGAGCAGGUUCUUCUUGAAUGGGAUCCUCAACCCGGUGAAGAUAAACCACCUGUGCCUUUGCUAAAGGAUGCCUUUGCUUCUGAAAGAAGAAAGGCUAAAAUGCUCAACUUUUCUAUUGCAUAUGGUAAAACGCCGGUUGGUCUUUCCCGGGAUUGGAAGGUUUCUGUGGAGGAAGCAAAAGAAACAGUUGCUCUAUGGUACAGAGAUAGACAAGAAGUACUAAGAUGGCAAGAAAAACGUAAAAGAGAAGCUCAUGAAAAAGGGUGUGUUCGAACCUUAUUAGGACGAGCGCGCUGGUUUCCUUCAUUGGUUGGUGCUUCUUAUUCUCAAAGAGGUCAUAUUGAAAGGGCAGCCAUUAAUACUCCGGUCCAGGGUAGUGCUGCCGAUGUUGCCAUGUGUGCCAUGUUGGAGAUAUCAACGAAUGAACGUUUGAAGGAACUUGGAUGGAGGCUGCUUUUACAGGUUCAUGAUGAAGUGAUCUUGGAAGGGCCAUCAGAAUCAGCGGAGGUUGCCAAAGCGAUCGUUAAUGAGUGCAUGUCGAAGCCCUUUAACGGCAGAAAUAUACUGAGUGUUGAUCUUGCUGUUGAUGCUAAGUGUGCACAAAACUGGUACGCUGCCAAGUAAAACAUGGUGUGGUGUCUUCUCUGCUAUGGAUGAAAAUUUUCAAUCAAUCAAAGGUAUCUAUCUGAUUUUGGUGUCUGCAUUUAGAAUGGAAUAGGCUGCUAAUGUGAAAGUUUUCCAUCAUCUAAGUAAGAUGAUGAGUUUGUCACUGUCAGCCAUGAAAAGUGUCACUUUGGCUGUGUUAUGUAUUGUAAUUCUUAAACAUGGCAAGGGAAGCUCAGUGUUGUAUUUGUAUAUGUAUAUAUGGAAAUGUAGCUGUCAAAUUGAGUUGUUUUAAUUUAAUGUAACUUCAUUGUAAAAUCAGAAGAUUCUAUAUUCAGCACGAAACAUGGUACAAAAAUGUGUUUUUACUCACCCUUAAACAUUCCAUCUCUAUUGUGUUCUCCCAAAAA